GGCAAGUCGCAACGUCGCCAACGACGAGCACGAGUUUGCAUAGUUCCCUAGCAAAUUUAACACAUAUAAAGCGAAAUGGGUCCAAGUCCGAAGCUAAAACCGGGUUCUACAAAUACUAGUAAUCGGUCGAAGCCAGCUGCUGCGCAGAAAACAACUUCAAAUCCACCAGCAAAACAGCCCAUUUCACUAUCUGAACGACUGAAGCGCCUAUUCACAUCGCUUUGUGCUCAAAUAGACGGGGGUCAUUUCUCUAAUGCCAUCAAAACAUGCGAUAAAAUUCUUCGUUUAGAGCCAGAAGAUAAGGACGCAUCUCAAACUAAAUUGUUCCUUCUCUUGCAGACAGAGCAAUAUGGCACUGCGUUAUCUCUGGUCAAUACAGACCAUAGUGAUUCUAAGUAUGCCUUCGAGCGUGCAUAUGCUAUGUAUCGCCUUCAACACGAACCUGAAGCAGCAAGUGUAUUGGAUGAUAUCAAAAAGGCGAAGACGGGAGAACGGGGAGUUUUGCAUCUAGAAGCACAGUUGAAUUACAGACAGGGCUCCUAUCAAACUGCUCUCGAUCUAUAUGGUGAACUUCUGGAAACAGCAGAGUCUCAAUCAGAAGAAUAUUCUGACAUCCUCACUAACCUUGAUGCGUCGCAGAAGCACCUCGAUUUCAUAAACAAAGGAUUCCUGCAAGCACUCGAUGCAUUGCCCGCUUCACUUACUGCUGCGUUGGAGAUAUCGCCACCGCCUUUACAAGCGACAACGUCUGCUGCGACUGCACUGGCUAUACCCGCAGUGGACGUUGGAAGUCAGCCCGAAGACGAAUCUAUCAGAAAGAUCAAGAAAGUGAGGAUGUCGCGUGUUCCAAAGGGAGUGGUCCCGGGUGUGACGCCUCCUCCUGACCCAGAGAGGUGGCUAAAGAAGAGCGAAAGGUCGACGUUUGGGCAGGGAAAUAGGAAAAGGAAGGGGGGUGGGGCGACUCAGGGUAGUGUUGCAGACAGCGCCCCUGCAAUUAAUAUUAAUCAUGGGGCGAAAUCUUCAAGUGGAGGCCAUAGCAAAGGAAAGAAAAGGAAGUAGGAAUGGAGUAAAACGUAAUCUGUAGUUGCAGCGGCCAAAUCAUACAUCCUGAUUACCCUUGUCUAUCAGCAAUUAUCUAAU